AUGGAGUGUACGGCGAGCGAAGCAUCACGAAACAUCAGCAUCACCGUGGAAGUGGCAAGUGAAAUGUCGACUGCCGACGACAGCCUCGCUAUUAGUGAGAAUAGUAGCGUGGCACCGGUGAUAAUUGAAGAAUUGGACGAAAGUGCCAUCAGCUCAAUGGACAUGGAUAUAAAUGAGUUUGUCGAGGCAAAGGCAUUGCAAAUAAAAGAGGUGACGGAUGUUAUUCCAACGUGUCCAUUCUCUCUGCCGUGUACGCACAACAAGGAUAUCGUGGACGCGGAAGAUCAGGAUACGUCGCUAACUGCCGACGAGGAAGAUCGGUUAACGAAACAGUUCUUGAAUGGCGAGUUAACAUUUAGCGAAUAUUCCUCAAGGAUGGAUCAGGAUAUAGAUCUGGAGACGAUAGAAAGCGAUGCGUCCAGAAGGACCAUCGGAUUCGAUCACGUCGCUGUACAAAAGAUCAUGGAACCAAAGCCACACAAAGCAAAUAACGUGCGUCAGAAGAGGAAAAAGCGCGUUUUGCCGCCAGUUUUGCAAGGACUUAUGGGAGAGGCAAAUUUAAGAUUCGCAAAGGGAGAAGAAGAGUUAGCGGCUCAAAUUUGCAUGGAGAUCAUUAGGCAAGUACCGAGCGCUCCAGAACCGUUUCAGACGUUAGCUAUGAUAUAUGAACAUGAUCAACCGGAGAAGUCGUUGCAAUUUGCUUUAAUCGCUGCGCAUCUUAGCCCGAAAGAUGCGGAUCAGUGGGUAAGAUUAGCUAACUUGUCGUUGGAAAGCGGCGAUAUGAAGCAAGCGAUUACGUGUUACUCUAAAGCGAUUCAAGCCAGUCCGAAGGACAUAAGUUUAUACGAGACGCGAGCGCACCUCCAAGAACAGAACGGAGAUAAAAAAGCGUACUUGCGAGGAUAUACGAAACUGAUUCAUCAAUUGGAAGCCGAAGAUGGCGAAUAUAUAAUGAAAUACGCAAAGAUAUUAGCCAAACGUUAUAUGCAAGAGGAUAACAAUGAACAAGCGCUAGAAGCAGUCGAGACUAUUUUUACCAAAUGUCCUGAUCUCAUUACGUUAGAAGAAGUUAAUAUCAUGACUGAAUUGCUAAUAGCGCUGAAGCAAUUUAAGAGAUGUUUAGAUAUAUUGGUCAAGUAUACAAAUAUUCAAGUACGGUAUAAGAAGAAAGAGGAGGGAGAAAAAGAGACAACGGCCAACGAUCCCAAGUCCGAGAAGGAAGAAGAAGAAGAGGAACGUAGUAACGCGAAAGGAAAAGCUACUUUAGCUCCGUCGAGAAGCGAAAAUAGUUACGAAAUAGAGUCUUGCGACGUACCGGAUAAUGUGGUUGUCGACUUGAAAGCCAAAUUUCUCAUAACUCUCAUCGAAUUGGAUUAUAUUUCGAUAGCUGAGAAAUUGUUACCUAAAUUUUACAUGCGCGAGAAUCCCGAGAUUUCUGGAGAUCUCUUUUUAGACGUAGCGGAAGCAUUGAUGGGCAAGAAGGAAUUUCAGCGUGCCCUGGUUUUGUUGGAUCCGUUGGUUAAAAGUUCGAAUUUUAGCUUGGCCGCAGUUUGGCUGAGGCACGCGGAAUGCUGGGUUGGUUGCAACACGUUAGAUAAAGCCAUAGAAUCUUACGAAGCCGUCCGAAGGUUAUCGCCGCAGCAUUUAGGCGCACGAUUAGCUCUAGCCAAACUUUAUAAAAAGUCGGAGCAUUACGAUAAGGCGAUACAAGUUCUCUACCAAGAUCCCGAAUCCGAUACAUUAGAUCCUGAUGUUCUGUAUCAAAGAACACUACUGCUCUUCAAAGUUGGAAGAUACGAGGAAUACUUUUCCUCAGGAAUGUUACUUUUCUCAAGACAUUGCGUUAAUAUAAGAACGAAGGUCGAAUUAAAUGCAUUGGCACGCGCAACGGGUGUUCGCCAACGGCUCGAUAGCCUGCAACUUCGUCGUUUGUCUUGCGGGGAAAGGUUGGAAGAUGAAAACGCCCCGACGUUUAUCGCUAAUGCGAGACCGAGCGAGAAAAAUGAAUUUCUACUUUUCCUACAAAUGUGCAAACUAGCGUGUAAAUUAAACAAGUAUGGUUUCCUUCAAAGAUUAUGUUUCACCGCUCUGACGUCAAAGAGAUUUAAAAAGAGGAACUCUCAUAUCAUCUUUCUGUGCUUGAUUUCUUGCAUUCAUAAUAAGGAUUCGUUCUACGGAUACAAUAUCGUACGAGAAUUCGUGCGUGUCUGUCAAAGGUCCAACUCGUGGAACUUGUUAAAUAUAAUCAUUCAAAGAGCAGAAGAUUUGAGGCAUAACAGAUUUAUAAUGCGAUUACUUGGAAGAGACGUGUUUUCAUAUUUGCAUAUUAUGCAUGCAAACAACUGUCUCGUUUCGGGAACCUACAAGUAUGCUCUAAACGGCUAUAUGUCUCUCUUUAAAGUAGCACCUAGUGCACUGUUAGCCUUGUUAAUAGGCGUGACGCAAUUACAAAUGGCAUGUCAAAAGAUGUCGGCUAAGAAGAAUCAGCUUGUAAUUCAAGCGCUAGCCUUCUUCAAGAAAUAUAUGCAAUUACGCGGUAAAGAAGGUCAACAAGAAACUUAUUACAAUAUGGCACGGGCAUUUCAUCAAAUUGGUUUAUUACCGUCUGCGAUUCACUUCUACAAGUUGGUCCUGAAGGAAGAUCCAGGAGAUUUAGUCAAACAGCAUGCGAAUCUUUUGGACCUGAGAAAGGAAGCAGCUUUCAAUUUGCAUCUCGUCUAUCUGCAAUCCGAAAACCAUCUUCUUGCUAGAAUGUGUCUCGAGAAUGAUAUCACGAUAUGAAUACAAAACUGAAAUACAUUUUGAGUCGUCCAAAAAUGUGCUAUAUUUUAUAUAUAUAAUUUCUGCUUAUUUAAUAGAUAUAUGUAUACAUAUGUACGCGCGCGCGCGCGCGCGCGCGUGC